AUGCUGUGCCCCCCCCUCCUUGCAUGUCCCCUCCCCAUGUGUCCCCUCCCCGUGUGUCCCCUCCCUGUGUGUCCCCUCCCCGUGUGUCCCCUCCCCGUGUGUCCCCUCCCCGUGUGUCCCCUCCCUCCCUGUGUGUCCCCUCCUCGUGUGUCCCCUCCCCGUGCGCCCUUUCCCUGCGCUCCUCCCCCUCAGGGACAUGCACGGGUGUGGCAUGGGUGUGGUAUAGGUGUGGCAUGGGUGUGGUAUAGGCCGGUGGAUGGCAACCAGCUGCAGCAUCCCAUCCCAACAACCUUCAACAACACCAACCUCACUAUCAUGUGCGUGCCACCAACCUCACUGUCAUGUGCGUGCCACCAACCUCACUGUCAUGUUCGGGCCACCAACCUCACUGUCAUGUGCGUGCCACCAACCUCACUGUCAUGUGCGUGCCACCAACCUCACUGUCAUGCCACUCAUGCAGCUAUGCAGUUCUUGCUGAGGCCGAAACCAAACCAUGCCUCUCUCUACGUAUGCUCAUGUGCGCUCCCCCCCCCCACACCGCUUGCACCCUGCGGCACCCCUCUCCCUUCGGGCCCCCCUCUCCCACAGCUACUGGAGCAACAACGUGCUGCCCAGCCUGCCCACCACGUGGUUCCUUCCCAAGCUCAGGGACUUUGUUUCCACGCUGCAGCCACCGCUGUCGUGGCCUCAUCAGGCGCGUCUGGUAUCGUGGCCUCAUCAGGUGCGUCUGGUGUCGUGGCCUCAUCAGGUGCGUCUGGUGUCGUGGCCUCAUCAGGUGCGUCUGGUGUCGUGGCCUCAUCAGGUGCGUCUGGUGUCGUGGCCUCAUCAGGUGCGUCUGGUGUCGGUUGGACGGCCGUGCUGCCGCUCCUUCCCUCUGCCCUCUCCUCCCCCUCUCGCUACAGCAACCUGGCCAAUAACGAGCUCAGCUUCUUCCUUCCCCAGGAGAUCACCACUGCCUCCCAGCUGCAAUCCCUGUUUCUAGCAGACAACAAGAUGACGGGCACCAUUCCGGACAUGUCAGGGCUGCCAAACCUCGUGGCACUCUCCCUCUACGACAACGACUUCACUGCCGUGCCGCCUCGCCUGCUCAACCAAACCAGCAUCACGCUGCAGCUGUACGGCAGCGAGUUGUGCAAGCCCUUCCGAGCAGAAAUCUAUCAGCAGUGCUCCCCACCGCGGGCACUGAGGCAGUACAUCGCGCCACCCUUGUGCGCCGUGCUCGCGUGCGCCAGCGACCUCUACCGCGCCAGCCAGCCGCUCUUCCGCAGCACGCGCGAGUGCACGUGCGUGUCGCCGCUGCGCACUGACCUGGGGCUGUACCUCACGGACCUCGUCGUCUUCUCCACUGAGCUCGUCCGGCGCCUCGAGGAGAAGCUCGUCUCGGAGCUGUCGGGCAGGGCGCACAUCAACAUCACUCGCAAUCAGGUGCAGGUGACAGGCAUCAGCAGCCGUGCAUCACUCGCCUCGCUGGCAUCAACAUUCACGUCGGACCACACGACGCACGAGUCCACGCUCAUCAUCACCGCACUCUUCUUCCCCCCCGCCGGCGAUGACUCCUGGCUGCCAAGCGACACGCCGAGCGCCAUUCGCACGGCUCUCUCCACGCGCGACCCGUCGCUGCGCGCCAACCUGGACGAGUUCGGGUCGUACCGCGUUGAGGCCUUCUACGGCCCCGCUCCACCAUAUGGCCUACGCCUCCCCCGAGCAGCCACAUCAGGGCUGAGCAUAGCCCCUUCCCCCCCGGGGCAGCCGGCAUCAUCAGGGCUGAGCGUGAGCGCCAUCGUGGGCAUCGCUGUGGGCUGCGCCACCCUCGUCAUCUCGCUCGUGCUCGUGCUGCUCUUCCGCCCCUGGGAGAAGCGAGGUGAGCUGGCGAGGCGGGAGGGUGAGGUGGGAGGGGAGAGGGCAAGCGGGAACGCUGAGCUCGCUCGUUGCCUUCUUUCCUUCCCCCCCCCCCCCCCACCCCCUCCCCCCCUCCCCUCCCUUCCUCCCCCAUUCUCCCUCCCCCCCCCAUUCACCCCGCUCCUCCAUUCAUACCCCUCCCUCAUUCAUUCACCCCCCUCCCCCAUUCACCCCCCUUUCCCAUUCAUCCCCCUCCCGCAUUCAUCGUGCUCCCCUGUUCACCCCUCCCCCAUUCACUCAUCUCCCAUUCACCACUCCUCGCCCAUUCAUCCCUCUCCCUCAUUCACCCCUCUCCCCUAUUCACCCGUCUCCCCCAUUCACCCGUCUCCCCCAUUCACCCCGUCCCCCAUUUACCCCGUCCCCCAUUCACCCCCCUCCCCCAUCAAGACAUGA